CAGCUCCCGGAAAUAACUGAUUGGAUGCAUUCCAGUUGUUUCUCUAAUAAUUCGCCUCUGCUGCUGCUGCUACUGCUGCUGUUGUUGUAUUUGCUACAGGGUGCAUCGCGUCCUGCUGAGCGACAGACUGGAUGGCUGGCGCCCAUGGAUGUCGACUACGUCUGUUGUCUGGGGUAUCUAGUGGGUGGCGACGACGUAGCGUAGCGUCCAUGCUGCCUACAUACAAGACAUGGUGGUAUGGAGUAGUAUGGACAGGGAAGUUAUUUCAUUACGUCACCGACAGAUGUUUGAGGUUCAGUAUGUACUUGCCUAAGUAAAUGCAAUGUACCAGUACAUCUGUUCAGUCACAGGAGCUGAGAUACUAC